ACGCGCACACGCACUUUUUUUUUUUGUCUAUGCUUACGAUUACGUCAACGCUGAACCAGGAAGUGGUGGUACUGUACUCGUUUAAGCAAAACAAUUUGUCUUUUUAGGUGAAAAUCAAGACACAACGACGAUUCGACAUGGACGAAACACUAUUCCAAUUAAAGUUCACCUCCAAACAACUCGAAAGACUAGCCAAAAAGGCAGAGAAAGAGUCUGAAAAGGAGCAGGCGAAGGUCAAAAAGGCUCUGCAAACGAAAAAUGUGGAAUGUGCAAGAAUAUAUGCUGAGAAUGCCAUCCGGAAAAAAAAUGAAGGUCUAAACUGGUUGCGCAUGUCAUCUCGAGUCGACGCUGUUGCCUCUAAAGUCCAGACUGCUGUCACUAUGAAAUCAGUGUCUAAAAAUAUGGGCCAGGUGACCAAGGCUCUGGACAAAGCUCUGAAUUCUAUGGACCUUCAAAAAGUCUCUGCUGUUAUGGAUAAGUUUGAAAGCCAAGUCCAAAACCUUGAUGUCCACACCUCAGUUAUGGAAGAUUCCAUGAGCUCUGCAAUGACACUAACAACACCACAAGAACAGGUGGAUGACUUAAUCCAUCAAAUAGCCGAGGAAAGUGGCCUGGAAGUGAUGGACCAGCUCAACAAAUUGCCCGCAGGAGCCACAUCAGUGGGUGCGGAGAGUUCACGCAGCCAGGAGAAGGAAGACCAGCUGUCAAGACGAUUGGCAGCUCUGCGGAACUGAGCGGCGACUCGUCUCACGGCUGUGAGGGGGGGGAAAGUACAAAGUUGAAGUUGGUGGGAAUUGUGGAUUUGUACUGAGGGAGUAUCACAAUUUUCUUGUUUUGGCCAAAAAGAUUGUCAGUCCCCUCCCUAUGUAUGCCCUGUCCAAAUGAAUUUGGUUUUACCUAUGGGACAACGACAAUAAUGGAAAUGUAGAGAUUUAAGUGAUAACAACUGAAUUGAUUACAAGGAAGUGCAACAUAGUCCUAAAAACAGUUGGGACUCGAUGAGAGGAGACUCACGUAUAACAUUGAAUUUAUCAGUACACAAUCAUUACUCUGUCAUUUUAUUUUUUGUUAAUACACGCACGUCAUCAACUACACCAGGGGCGUCAAACUCAUCACUGUUUUGCCGGCUGCAUUCACUGCAAUUUGAUCUGAAGUGGGCGAGAAAUAUUGAAUUGUGGAGUGCAAAUUAUUGCAUGUACAAUUUUAACAUUAACGCACAUUUUGUGUCGUUUUUACUUAUAUACUGUAUCUACACACAACUUAGAAGUCAAAGUAUAUCUAUGUGGCUUUUUAUGAAACAUCCAUCCAUUGAUCAUCUUAUCGGCUUAUCCUGGUAAAACAUGACACGGUUGGGAAAUUAUCCAUCUUCGACUAACUCAUCACACCAUACAAAGUCGAAUAGGAACUUUCGGUAAUGUUAGUUCAGUUGUCCGUCUUGUUCGUUCAAGUUGUGGUGGAUGGUGCAUGGAAAAAAGGGAGUUGACUGUUAAUUGCAAUAUUCGUUCUCUAAAAAUAUUUUUUACCCACCGUAUAUUUAAGCUAAGACUUGUGUUAAAGUAUUAUUUGGCCCGAUGAACAGCACAUUUACUAACACGGUAGAAAGCAUGGAUUUAGCGAAAGCUCACUAAAGCAUUUCUCUGCCAUGAGUGCCCACAGCGGGUUAUUGCUGUUUGCUGGUAUUUGGCAUGGAUUUGACGCUGGCUCCUGUUUGAGGCAACCCACUGCCGUAGGUUUGACACCCCUGAUCUACACCUUCUGCAUUAAAUACCUUACUCAGAAUGGAAGUGCCUAAAAGAGUUCUUCAUCUCAGCUUGUUUUGUCUAACAGCACCUUUGCAAAAAAAAAAAAAAAACCUGAUGGUCGCCGACUCUAGCUGUCAUCGUUGAAUUAGGAAUUUGUUUUUGCAGUGUAAAAUUGACCAGCCAUGUCUUUAUUUUUCUGUAAACAUCCCCAUAUGAGACACCCAAGAUUAUGGAGCUUCAAUACAUGCUAUAAUGUAUAUUGUUAAACAAUCCGUAAAACUCAAAUUUAACUUAAUGCGUCUGUUUUAUGACUAGAGGGUUUUGUUUGUUUGCUUGAUUGUUUUGUUUUGAAUAAUGGCUUUUUCUCGAUUUAAUUGCUUCUAUUCACGUAAUCAUAGACAAGCUCGUCCAACAUCUUUAACUGAGCAGUUUAACCGUUGGCUUCUGUUUCCUGUUUUUCAUUUGUGGAAUUUUACAAUAGGUUGUUAUUUAUACUGAGAAACCUCGUCUUUGAAACACUUUUGUUUGUCUUAUGGAAAUAAAAUAUUUUCUUCCAGCACAGGCUUCAAUUUGAAUUCAGUGUUCAAUGUGUUGAUUGCAUAAGUCAGUUGUUAUUGCUUUAUAAAGUUUGUUACGUUUAGUACCAUUUAUAUUGUACUUUUUUUUUCUAUCAUCGCUAAGGAUAAAUCAUGGUGUUGAAUGCAGACGGAUUGACAAAAAUAUACCUCCGUGAAGUUGGCCCCGCAUCAGACGCAAAUUUAUAUAAAAAUGUCUCAUUUUUGCUGCUGUCAUUUUUUAGAUAUUACCUAUUUUAUAAGUCACCCAGCCCCCCCCCCAUUUUGAUUGCAAAUGGUUAAAAAUAGUAUCAGUCGUUUGUGCUACGUUUGUGCUGUAAAAAGUUUUGUUUGUGCUGCUUUCAUUUUUGAGAUAUUCGAGUGAUGACGUCACGCAGCCCCCCAUUUAUUGCAAAAUGGGCCUGAAAUGAUGCCAUUCGUUCAUGCUAUGUUUGCGCUGUAAAAACUUUCCUUUGCGCUGCUAUCGUUUUACUGAUAUUAAGAUAUUAAUUUCGAGUGAUGACGUAACUCGUAGCUUUUCCAUAUCCAGCUACCGCAGCUGACGAAGCAGACCAAUUCUCUCCAUAACAAUACAUAAUAAUAUGUGAUCGAGCACGACUUUCAAUCACGUGAUCCGAUCAAAGACAUCUCGAAAUAUGGUCCCAUUCAGAAUAGCUUGCCAGGCUCACAGGGGGGCUUGAGAUAUUAAUUUCGAGUGAUGACGUGACUCGCAGCCCACUAUUUACUGCAAAUUGGACAUGAAGGGGUACCAUUCGUUUGUGCUCUGUUUGCGUUAGUUAUGGGCCUCCCCUCUGUUAUCAAGAGAGUUGGUACGCUUCGUCAGCCGCGACGGAGGUGCUGCGAUUGACGUCAUUACUCCAAAUUAAUAUCUCAAGAACGAUAGCAGCACAAACGAAACUUUUUCAAUUCAAUUUUAUUUGUAUAGCCUUAUAUCACAACAAGGUUGUCUAAAAGGGCUUUGCAGACGCAAUAUGAUACACAGUCAGAAAAAGUAGAUGAAUUAAUAAAGUUCAAGUCCUGAGCAUCCCCCAUCCUUAGACCUUCCAUGUCAGCAAGGAAAAACUCGAAAAACCCUUUGGGGAAAAAUGAGAAACCUUGGGGAGAACCACUGUCAGGAGAGAUCCACUCCCAGGACGGACAGGCUAUAGAUGCACCAGGACUGAUGGUGGGUAUUAGCAGCAGGAGGUCCAAUUUGUAGAGAUGCAAUGGAAUGAAGAAACGAGGAGGACCAUCUAGCCAGAUGAGACGGGGCAGGGGCCUAAUACAAGGACGUCCAUCCAGCCAGGGUUCAGGAUAGUCAGGAGGCUGUGGCUGAAAAAAAAAGGGGAGGGAAGGGGACACCGGGUGACUAGUGAUGAAGAGACAAGUCAACUAGAUAUUAGAAAACAGAAACAAAGUAAGACAAGUGGGAAGUAGAGUGAGGAAAAGGGGAUAGGACUCAGUGGCUGAACUUCCCCCAGCGUAUAGCUUCUAGUGCAGCUUAGACUGAACUGUGAGUCUAGUCCGGUUUCAACUAGCCUGACCAUAAACUUUGUCAAAUAGGAACGUUUUUAGUCUAAUCUUAAAUGUACAGACUGUGUCGGCUUCUUUAAUACUAGCUUUUUACAGCACAAACGAUUGA